GUGACGUCACAUUUAUGCGUUUCCUCGUGUUAGUUUUAGAGGUUGCUGACAUCGAAGCUUGAUACAGGCACGGUUAACGCAGGAAGCUACUAUGGGUGCAUCAGCGUCGUCUGUGCCGCCGCCACCACUGCCUGCUGCUGCUGCACCAGAACGGACUCAGACUUUGGCGUCUCCACCCCCGGAAUGUCCCAUGCAUCAAAAACAGACGGAAGGGUGCCCAAUGAAAAAGGAAGCCCCGCCGAAUCCCGAGAGUCAGAGCUGCUCUGGACCAGCACAUCAAGAAAGGGCAUAUGAAUAUGUAGCGUGUCCGAUGAAAUCGCAUGCAAAGGAUGAAAUUGAUCCCAGCAACAUGAUGCCGCCUCCAAAUCAGACCCCAGCACCAGAUCAGCCUUUCCCGCUUUCUCUAUCACGCGAAGAGUCAACCAUUCCCCGAUCUGGUACAGACAAAAAAUGGGUAUACCCAUCUGAACAAAUGUUCUGGAAUGCAAUGCUGCGGAAGGGUUGGAAAUGGAAGGAUGAGGAUAUUCAAAACAAAGACAUGGAAAAUAUUAUUAAAAUUCACAAUCGGAAUAAUGAACAGGCUUGGUUUGAAAUCCUGAAGUGGGAAGCGCUUCAUGCCAAGGAAUGUCCUUGUGGCCCAACAUUAACUCGCUUUGGAGGAAAAGCAAAGGAAUACUCACCCAGAGCCCGAAUCCGUUCUUGGAUGGGUUAUGAGCUCCCGUUUGAUCGGCACGACUGGAUCGUAGAUCGUUGCGGGAAAGAAGUGAGAUACGUCAUCGAUUACUAUGACGGAGGCCAAGUAGAUCAAAACUACCAGUUCACUAUUUUAGAUGUCCGUCCAGCAUUUGACUCUAUCGACGCCGUUUGGGAUAGGAUGAAAGUAGCGUGGUGGAGAUGGACAUCCUAAUCGGUGAAAGGAUUCCGCGUCGCCUUUUCCUGCUAUUGAGUGAAGUGCAGAGAUUCGUCAUCAGUUUCUCAUAAGCUACAAGCAUUGGGGGUUUCUGACUUGCGGCUGUUUGAUUCCCAGUUGGCGUUAAUAUGACUGUCACCAAAAAAAGAGCAUAAAAAG